CGACUUUUCAACCAACACCAAAAGAAAGACAGUAGAAAAAAAAGUGAAAGGGAAACCAAACCGUAUGGGGUAUCAAAUUCAUGAAGACAACUUUCUCUUCUUGUUAUUCUCCUCAGUUUCUUCUUCACCGAGAAUUGCGGUCUCUCUCUAGGGUUUACUCAUUCUACAAUUCUCAAGCUCUCUGACAUACAGUUCCACAUGCAGCUGGAGAAAACCUAAGAAAUGUUUCUCACCAAAAAUCUUAUUAGGUUAGUUUCAUCAUCCAGUUUUGUUCUCAUGAGUCAGACCUGUGCUCUAUCACUAACUCGAGAAUUUUACUAUCGCCUCAUUCAAUGACCAUAGUUUAUUGCAAAAGAAUGUGCACUGAAUAGUGCUUGUUCAGAAGGUGCGGUUAUUACGAAAUAAAAUUGCUAACAGAUGGAGGCUGUGAGAUCUUGGUUCAACAAGUUGAAACCAAAAGAUAAGUUAAAGUCUUCAAAUAAGAAGGAAACUAUGGGCAGUGGGAAGGAGGGGCCCAAAACACAAACAAGUGAAGAAACACCAUCAACAGUGACCAAGCAGAAGGUUGCAGCUGCAAAACAAUACAUCGAAGAUCAUUACAAGAAGCAAAUGAAAAAUCUCCAAGAAAGGAAAGAGCGACGCAAUAUGCUGGAAAAAAAGUUGGCUGAUGCUGAGGUCUCUGAGGAAGAACAAAGCAACUUACUGAAGCGUUUGGAGAAGAAGGAAACAGAAUACAUGCGUCUUCAGAGGCAUAAAAUGGGUGCUGAUGAUUUUGAGCCAUUAACAAUGAUAGGAAAGGGUGCAUUUGGAGAGGUUAGAGUCUGUAGGGAGAAAGCAACUGGCCAUGUAUAUGCUAUGAAGAAGCUUAAGAAAUCAGAGAUGCUUCGAAGAGGCCAGGUAGAACAUGUGAAAGCUGAGAGGAAUCUACUUGCAGAGGUUGAUAGCAAUUGCAUUGUCAAACUAUAUUGUUCUUUCCAGGAUGAGGAGUAUCUUUACCUUAUUAUGGAGUAUCUACCUGGUGGAGAUAUGAUGACCUUACUAAUGCGGAAGGAUACGCUGACAGAAGAUGAGGCCAGGUUUUAUGUUGGGGAAACUGUACUUGCUAUUGAGUCUAUCCAUAGACAUAAUUAUAUUCAUAGAGAUAUCAAGCCUGAUAACUUGCUGCUUGAUAAAAAUGGUCACAUGAAGUUAUCAGAUUUUGGACUAUGUAAACCGUUAGACUGCAGUAAUCUCCAGGAAAAGGAUUUUUCUGUUGGAAACAAUCUCAGUGGGGCUCUUCAGAGUGAUGGGCGCCCUGUGGUGCCGAAACGCACGCAGCAAGAACAACUACAGCAUUGGCAGAGGAAUAGGAGGAUGCUUGCUUAUUCCACAGUUGGAACUCCUGAUUAUAUUGCUCCAGAAGUUUUGCUGAAGAAAGGGUAUGGGAUGGAAUGUGAUUGGUGGUCUCUUGGCGCCAUUAUGUAUGAAAUGCUUGUGGGAUAUCCACCCUUUUAUUCAGAUGAGCCUAUGUCUACAUGUAGGAAGAUAGUAAAUUGGAGAACUCAUUUGAAAUUCCCAGAAGAGGCAAAGCUAUCUCUGGAAGCAAAAGAUCUCAUCAGCAGACUUUUAUGCAAUGUUGAACAUAGGCUCGGAACAAAAGGCGCAGAUGAAAUUAAGGCUCACCCGUGGUUCAAGGGUAUUGAGUGGGACAAAUUAUAUCAAAUGAAAGCUGCAUUUAUUCCUGAAGUCAAUGAUGAACUGGAUACUCAAAACUUUGAAAAGUUUGAAGAGGCUGACAAUCAAAUUCAGACUUCAACAAAAUCAGGUCCAUGGAGAAAGAUGCUUUCGUCCAAGGAUGUAAACUUUGUGGGUUAUACAUACAAGAACUUCGAAAUUUUGAAUGAUCAUCAAUUACCAGGAAUUACUGAGCUGAAGAAGAAAAGCACGAAACCCAAGAGGCCCUCUAUCAAGUCCCUUUUUGAAGAUGAAUCAGCAGUUGUGAAUCAACCUGUUCAAGGGAGCUUCUUAAACCUCUUGCCUCCCCAAAUUGAAGUACCUGAGAAAGAGAGCAAUUCUCAAUGAGCUACAGCAUUCUUCUCAUAACGUUAACAUUAUCAACCAAAGGGAAGCUGUGUUGUCUCGCAGUUGGUGAGUAGAAUUCGUUCCUGAAUAUCUGACUCUUUCAUUUCAUGCCUCUGGGAGUAAAAAUUUUAGGGGCGAAUGCCUUGAAGAGAGUGGAUUUGACGUAUUUAAUUGGCUGUCGGGUCAGCUAGGAUCUGAUCGCUGU